AAAUAAAAGGCAGGCACGACGAGGUCCAUGGGUUCAGGGUUCCUUUUGAACUCUUCCUAUGUUGACAUUUAAAAUAUAAUCUUAAAGAAAAAAAUGUAUUUUACUACCUUCACCAAUCUACUUUAUCCUUCUAACCCCAUGAACAAAAUUUUAGCUUGAUUUACUCCCUCAAACUAUUUCACUUUUACCCCCUAUUGAAAGUUGACCUAUUUAUUUCUUCAUGAACGGGUUGAGUUUUAAGUUCAAAUAUUAUGACCAGAUAUAGGGCAUUAUGUUAGAAAAAUGCACUAAUAAUUUUAUGUGGUUAUUUUUGUAGGUUAGGAGUAUUUAAUAUGGAAUUGGUCCUAGAGAUACAAAACUGCAUGGAACUCACUUGGUCGAAUUUGAAUUUAUAAAACUCAACCUGCACAAGGAGAAACAAAAGGACAACUCUCAUUAAUUAGAGGGCAGAUUGGACCAUGCAAGUGAAAUAGCUCUUGGGAGUAAAUUGAGUAUAAAUUUAUUUGGGGUGGGGGUGUUAAGCGGAUAAAAGUGAAUUGGUGAGUAGUCCUUUUCCCUCAUGUAUUACUCUUCUAUAAAUACCAGCUAGUGUCACCGACUUAGAGAACAAGAACAAAAGCAUGCGGGCAAUGGGUUUCUAUUCCUCUCAGCGUGGCCAUAGAACAUGGGCGAUACUUUUAUGCUUUUGCGCGUUAUUAUCCGGCGUAAACGGAGGAUCUCCAAGGCUUUAUAUUGUAUACCUAGGUGAUGUGAAACAUGAGCACCCGGACGAUGUUGUUGCUUCACACCAUGAUAUACUCGCCACUGUUCUUGGAAGCAAGGACGAUUCUCUGGCCUCCAUGGCCCACAACUACAAGCAUGGCUUCUCAGGAUUUGCAGCAAUGCUUACUCAAGACCAAGCUGAGGAGCUUGCAGAGCUUCCAGAAGUCAUUAGUGUUGAACGAAGCAAAAGCUACACGACGACAACCACUCGAAGCUGGGACUUCCUUGGCCUUGGUCUGAGCUACCAAAUGCCCAGUGAGCUGCUCCAUAGAAGCAGAUACGGAGAAGAUAUAAUCAUUGGGGUCAUUGACACCGGUAUCUGGCCGGAGUCGAGGAGCUUUAGCGACGAAGGGUACGGGCCGGUGCCGUCACGGUGGAAAGGCGUAUGCCAAGUCGGAGAGGGCUGGGGCAGCGACAACUGCAGCCGCAAGAUCGUCGGCGCGCGGUUCUACACCGCCGGAGUGGACGAGGAGAACCUCAAGAUGGACUUCCUCUCGCCGCGCGACAAGGACGGCCACGGCACGCACACGGCCUCCACCGCCGCGGGCUCGCCCGUGGAGGCGGUCAGCUUCCACGGCCUCGCCGCAGGCGUCGCGCGCGGCGGCGCGCCCCGCGCUCGCAUCGCCGUGUAUAAAUCGGUGUGGCCGAGCUCCGGCGGCUGGCGGGCCGGCACCACGGCCACCGUGCUCGCGGCCAUCGACGACGCCAUCCACGACGGGGUGGACGUCCUGUCGCUGUCCCUCGUCGCGGAGGAGAACUCCUUCGGCGCCCUGCACGCCGUGCAGAAGGGUAUCGCCGUCGUGUACGCCGCGGGGAACCUUGGGCCUGCACGGCAGGUGGUCAGUAACACUGCUCCUUGGGUCAUCACCGUCGCCGCGAGCAAGAUCGACCGGUCGUUUCCGACCGUGAUCACGCUAGGAAACAAGCAACAGAUCGUGGGACAGUCCUUGUACUACGAAGAGGACAGCAGCCCACCACGCAGAGGCUUCAAACUUCUCGCGUUCGGAGGCUUAUGCUCUUCGAGUGCUCUGAACGCCACGGACGUGAGGGGUAAAAUUGUGCUGUGUGCAUCGCUCCUGGCGUCACUGCUUGAGCCUUUCCCGCUCGCAUUGAGAAACGUCUUGAAUGGCGGAGGCGUUGGCAUCAUCUUUGCUCAGUAUACCACCAACCUUGUAGAUGCCACCGCUGAUUGCAAGGGCAUUGCAUGUGUUCUUGUGGACUUGGACACUGCCAACCUUAUCACCUUAUAUAUGGGCGAUGCGAGAUCUCCUGUUGCAAAGAUCGCACCAGCACGCACCGUCACAGGUGAAGAGGCAGUUGCCCCGAAAGUGGCAGCUUUCUCCUCAAGAGGUCCAUCGAUCAACUACCCUGAAGUUAUCAAGCCUGACAUCGCAGCACCAGGUGCAAGCAUAUUAGGGGCCAUAAAAGAUGCGUAUGUAAUUGGCUCAGGGACAUCUAUGGCAACACCACACGUGUCAGGCGUUGUGGCGCUGCUGAAGGCCCUGCACCCAAAUUGGUCCCCAGCUGCCCUGAAAUCAGCCAUCAUGACCACCGCAUCUGUAAGCGACGGGCGUGGCAUGCCGAUACUCGCACAAGGAAUGCCUCAGAAGAUCGCCGACCCAUUUGACUACGGAGGAGGGCACAUAAACCCUAAUAAGGCAGCUGACCCGGGCCUGAUUUAUGACAUUGAUCCAUCUGAUUACAACAAGUUCUUCAGCUGCAACUUCAUGAAAUCCGUACAGUGCAAUGCAACAAUGUUACCUGGGUAUCACCUAAAUUUGCCAUCCAUUGCAAUUCCAGAUCUGAGGCAUCCGAUUACCGUAUCAAGAACAGUCACAAAUGUAGGCGAGGUCAACACCAUUUACCACGCUGAGAUCAAGAGCCCACCUGGAGUCAAGAUGGAUGUUGAGCCCGCUGCUCUUGUGUUCAAUGCUGCAAACAAAGUUAUCACGUUUAAGGUGAAGCUAUCGCCCCUGUGGAGUUUACAAGGGGACUACACAUUUGGCAGCCUUUCUUGGCACAAUGACCAAAAGACCGUGCGGAUUCCGAUUGCAGUCCGAAUGACAAUUCAUGAUUUUUAUGCUGAUGUUGCAUAGCAAGGGUGAAGUUUGUAAUCGUAGUACUCUUAGCAACAGAAAUGGGGAAAAAUGAGAUGCCAAGUUGUCAUAUGGCUUUACAUGUAUUUUUUUUUUCUUUGUGUGAACUGUCAUAGACUUGUAAUCUUCCCAUCAUGGGCUUAAAUAAAUGCAGCUUUUCCUA